AUGGUGAACAAUCCAUUGUCACUAGAAAUUGAUCCACAAACUGAUCACAAUCAUCCUUUCCACCUGAAGUCAUUUGAUACUCCUAGUGUUGCCUUGAUUUCAAUAAAGCUUACAGGUCCAGAGAAUUAUGGAUUAUGGAGCAGAUCAAUGCGUCUUGCACUACUAGUCAAAAACAAACUUGGAUUUGUUGAUGACACAUGUGUUAAGAGCUUUUGGUAUAGAUUUCAUGGUGGCCUUGACGGCUCAAUCAGGACUUCUGUGCUAGUUGGUCUGAGUGGAGCCAAAGCAGUAAGUACUCAUUUAGAGUUCAAUUAUAAGAUCACCAGUGUGGAAUAUGAUCAAUAUAUUGGUAGCUCUAAUGAUCUUGAACUAGAAGAUGCUACAACCUAUCAGAGGUUGAUUGGUAGAUUGUUAUGCCUUACAAUUACUAGGCCUGAUAUUUGUUUCAGUGUGCAAGUUUUAAGCCCAUUUAUACAACAUCCUAAAACUUCACUUUGGGAAGCAGCACUAAGAGUUGUGAGAUACAUUAAAAGGUCUCUGGGACUUAGAGUUUUGCUUAAGAAGGGAACUGAAUCUACAAAGCUCAUUGGAUAUUAUGACUCAGACUGGGCUUCAUGUCCUAAUACAAGACGAUCACUUACAGGUUAUAUGGUAAAACUUGGAGAUUUCUCGAUCUCCUGGAAGUCGAAAAGCACAAGUCAGUAG